AAAAAAUUAUUCGAAAACUAGCAUUCUAUUGGAAUAGACACUUUAUUUGGGUUGAGGUAAUAUAUUGAAGCAAGUUGAUAACUCAACGCGAUACGAGGUUUUCUUCGAAUAAAUCAUUAAUCACGCACAAUAUUUCGGGUAGUUUUUUUUUCAUUAAAAUUCCGUGCAAUCAGUUCAAUUACUUUCAAUUUCUGUGUGUAACUCUUCGAGUCUGUAUACCUCUCCAAGUGACGUAAUUAGUGAAUAACCUUUACUGUGAAUAAUAAGUUCAAAAUGAUUCGACCAUCUUCUCUGAUAAGAAGUGAAUCAAACACACCCAGAAUUGAAGCAAAUGCUAUCAAUAUCAAAAAAGAAUCGCUGGACUGCGGUAUAACAGUAAUGAGAUGUUGUAACACACCAGCAUGCCAAAAACUCGGCACUUCCACAUUAUUCGUCACGCUACUGAUAAUUAUUGGAAUAACAUUGGGAGCAUCUGAGCGAUACUUUCAGCUAUCUGCAAGACAGGCAGCAGUUGAAUUGAAUUUUCAACCAGUUGAAAUAUUAGAUUGGUUGCUAGUUGCCCAUGGAAUAUUUCAAGGAAUUUUUGCAGUUGUGCUGGCAUAUUGGGGUAACAGAAUUCACAGAAUAUCGUGGAUCGGGGGAAUAUUGAUGCUUCAGUCAGCGUUGAGUUUGGCUGUUAUUAUACCGAUUUUAGCAAACAAUGACUCGUCCAACAUGACCAUCAUGGCUGCACCAAUGAAUAAUUUGUGCACAUCAACGACUAGUGGAAAUUUGACUGUGGAAAGGUCAUACACGAUCACAACAUUGAUACUCUUUUUCAUUCUGCAAUUCGGAAUCGCUGGCGGUAACAUUGUCUUCUUUACAUUAGCAUUCAGUUAUUUAGACGACAAUGUUCUGGCGCACAACAGCCCGGCACUUAUUGGGGCCGCAUUGGCAGCUCGCGUGUGGGGAUGGCAAUUCGGAUCGGCACUCAAUUUUGGAGUUGCAGAAACAUCACUUGGUUGGUGGCUCGGCUGGGCGAUCAUCAGUCCAAUGUUAUUCAUUUUAGCGUUCCUUGUGUCGCUAUUUCCGAAACGGCUUCUCACCACUGUCGUUCGACAGGCAGCCGACAAUAUCAUCGAAGUGGCUACCAAUAACAGUCAGUUGUCCCUGGCACCAAAUAAACUCUUGGCGGACAUUUCAUUUUUCAGUUCAAUGAAACGAAUGUUCACCAACAAGAUUUUGAUAUUCAAUGUCUUGGCGACGGUUUUCAUCGAGACUGCCAUCGUCAACUAUUUCUUUCACGAGAAAAACUACUUACAGUCUCGAUUUCUGUUACCGACAGACGUGUCCACGUCCAUUUCCAAUGAAUGGAUGUCAAGGAUUAUCACAACGCUCUUAAAGCCACCAAUAGUCGGAUUGAUGAUAUUAGUGGCUGGUUUAAUCAUAGCCAAGGCAAAUCCCAGUCCAAGAAAAAUAGCAGCCUGGAAUGUUAUCACAGCAUCUAUCGUAUGCGUUCUAUUCGUGGUCUACAUUUUCGUGGAGUGCGACCACAAUUAUAUUGCCGGUGGUGGUGGUGGAAAGUUGAUGCAUCCAUUUUGUUCGAAGCAGUGCAUCUGUGACAGCAAUGUUCCAUUCAGCCCAGUUUGUCCCAUAGACAGUGUACAGACGUUCUUCUCACCUUGUCAUGCAGGAUGCUCGUCGGAAACGAUUUUAAAUGGCCAACGGAUUUUCUCAAAUUGCUCUUGUGGUGUGGAUACAAUGCUGGUGUUAAACGAAGAAUCUGCUGUGUAUGCCACAGAAGGUGCUUGUGGUUUUACGGAUUGUCAGCAACUCUGGAUUAUAUUUCAAGUGUUGACCAUAUUUGGUGCGGCUCUUCUCGGUUCGGGUCUCAUUGGCAAUUUGAUUAUAACAAUCCGAUGCGUUCUGCCGCAAGAUAAGUCAUUGGCAUUGUCUAUGGAACUGUUUCUCGGUGGACUGAUCGUUUAUGUGCCCGGCAAAUUUGCCUAUCAAUUUAUUGCUGACGAAUAUUGCCAAUAUUGGUCUACAGAUCAGCAAAAAUGUUUCCUACACGAAUCGCCAACAUUUGGAAACAUUCUUAACAUUGUAACAGCUGCAUUGAUCGGUGUAUCGAUACUGUUCGAUAUUCUCGUAUUCAUCUUUGUGGUAGACUUAGAACUAUAUGGCGAAGAAAUUGAAGACAACAAUUAUCGAAUGAUUCCAAUGCAAACCUAUCCAUCCAACGAAAAUGCACCAAAUCAACAAGCUAGCAAUACUGAAGAACUAGUUCAACCACUACUGCACCAGUCAAACAAUAUUCAGCGAAAUAGUCCACAAAUUGACUCGAAUGUUUACGAACACGUCACACCAUACGCAACUAUAAUACCCACGAAUGCUUCCACAUCCGUAACGGCAUCGCCUCGACCGCAGCAGCCCGUACCGAAUAAAAACCUCACCUACGCACAAAUUGAAUUCCCAUCCACGUCAAACGGUCAACAUCAAGAAAAUUUGAAUUUUCGGCUUCAGACGAUAAACGAUUCCGACACGGAAUCCGAUAUUACACUAACCAGUCCAAAUACGAAUGGAAUGCCGAGGGUGUUUGGCAGUGACAUCAAUCCGUCGGUUGGUGACUCCAGUGAUAGAGAGUCGGACGCGAAUGUUAUUCGGCAAUUGGAAAGUUCGAUUAGUUCGUUGAGUGGAGUGCAUGAAAGUAGCACCAGUCCUCCGGUAAGGAAUAAAAUUAAUGUUGAAAACAGUAUUCGGCAGCGGCCGUUAAGUCCUGAAACUGAUUUCUGAUUUCAAAUUUCUGUUUGCUGUUUGUAGAAAUAGGUAAAAUGAUUUGUUUUGUUAUUAUUAUCGCAUGUGUGUAUCUAUUGAACUAACAACUUCUUUCAUUGCCUUAAAAGAUUCUUCAUAAUAAUGUGAUUCCUGUGAUAGUGCCUGAUUUUAUCUGAAUGUUCUUUUCUAUCAGACCAUAUCCUCCGCAAAUCAACACCUUUCCUGAUUCAAAGGUUGAAAACAUUCUUACAUUUUAACCUAUUUUAGAAACUUAAAUCCGUUUACAUAGACCCUGAUACAUAACAGUACAAAACGUGAGAACUGGAACUUCCAGUUCCUAAUCAUUUUCCAACAAAGUAAGUUUGUAUGACUAUCAGUGACUAUUUUCUGGAAAACAUUUUCUUGAAUUUUUUCAC